AGCCCUGCUCACAUCUGGAGCUCUCACUUAUCAUCCUCGGUAUCCAAACACUCCAGACACCGGAUUAGAUACAAAGCUGCUGAGCGUGGGGCGCCUGCCAGACAGAGCCAGAGCCGGUGCAUGACCCUGACAAGCGUGGGUCAUUCCCAGCUGCUCCUUCCGGUUACAAAUGGGUUUUGCUUUACAACGAUUUCAAGGGGUUUCUCCACUGACACUUGCAUGCCCUGCAGAUCUAGAAUAAGAUGCCUCCAUCAUGCCACUGUCUGGGAGCACAAGGGACCGCCCUGGAGACUCAAGGGUUAAAUGCUCUCCUGCCGCUGGAACUUCGCCUCUUUCCAGCCAAUGAUGGCACAAGCGGGCUCCUACACUGGGCUGAGACCUGACAGCCAGCCAGCGACACCAGGUGAAGCAGAAGGGAGCUGGGCAGUUCUACGGCGCACAGGACUGGAGGAAAGAGCGGCAGAAAGAGAGCCAGCCACUCUGGGUGUCAGACCGGUCAGGCUCCCCCAAGGCAGAUGCCCAUGGACCCAAUGAAAUUCGCUAUGUGGCUGGUGCUGGUGACCUUGUUGUCACAGUCUGCCCAGGAGGCUCAAUGCAGCAGGCGAGGGAGACGCAGCCUUCUGGAGCUGGGUCUCACUCUGUGGUGUUACCGGCAGAGACUGCGGACCCCGCUGUUCGCUCUCAACCUGUACGGGUGCUACUGUGGAACCGGGGGCUCCGGGACACCCCUAGACGCAGUGGACCAGUGUUGCUUCCUCCAUGACUGCUGCUACCGCCACGCCAGGGUCUCCUUAGAGUGCCGGGGGAGAGUGAAGUGGCAGCCCUAUGAGUUUGCGUGUAGCCAAUCGGGGACAGAGUGCCGCUCUCAGAGCGUCUGCGGCAGGAUGGCCUGUGAGUGCGACAGAGAGUUUGCAGAGUGUCUGACGGCCGCAAAGCCCAGAAAGAGGCAUUUCUUCUACAACAGGAGAGAGCUCUGUGCUGGUCCCAAGGGCUCCUGCCCGGCCACCUUCCCCAACAAGGCCGAAAUCCUGCACUGGAGAAAGACACCUUCCCCGCCCCCUCCUGGCACUGGCUCUCCGAGCAAGGGCUCUGCGUUGGGAGCCAGGGACAGAAACCCCGCCCUGUGACUGAGUGGAUUCUGCUUCAUGGGGAUUUGCCGAGCUCUCCUAGUCCCCUGGAUUUCUGUGCCUCUCUAGGAGUAAAUUGUUUCAACAACUGCUGGGUGCUCUCUCUGUGGUCUGAGCAAAUUGGGGUACAUGCGGGAGAGGAGCAGGAUAGAGUCGGAGUGGCUU